AUGAAGCCGGAGCAUCGGAUGAAAUGGCUGGCCAAAGCGCUGCAAAAAUGCCAAGAAGGCAAAGCGGAAAAGACCGCCAUCUACGACAUUAUGACCCAUGCGAAGUUCUCCCACGACUGCUCUAGCAAGCUGGGGGCAAAGAUGUAUCGCUUGGUGCGAGCGCAUGCAGUGCUCUUCUCGCAGAAGCAGCAGAAGUUUCUGGAAGGAGGUGACUAUCCACUGCACAAGCUCUACAAGAAGGCCGUGAAAAAGGGAGAAGUGGAGGAGGACGAGGCUGGUGUGACUGCCGAGAGGGCCGAGGAGAGCUCCCGCAAGGAUGCCAGCAGAUCACGGGACGAUGCCCGAGGUCCUGACAUUGCAGCACUCUGGGAUCGCCUUACAGCCCUGUCGCCGGGCGAGCGGGCAGCGCGCGUUGCCGCACUGGACGAGGCAACCAAAGAGAAGCUGGAAGAGUUUCUCGAGGACCGGGGCGAGGAGGAUGAGAGGUCUCCCAUCGCGCCAGCUGUAGAGGAGGAGUCAGGUUACUUUUCCGUCACCUUGCGCAAGCUGGACCUGUCCCUGGACACCUCCGACGAGGACUUCUUGAUCAUCAAGGAGAUCACUCCGGCCGUGAGCAAGUGGAACAAGUCGUUGCCAGAACAUCCCAUUCAGGUCUUCGACCGCCUCAUUGAGGUGAAUGGAACCAGGGCACGGGAUGCGCUUGAGAAAGCCAUGCACAGCAGCUCCGAGGCAACGCUGCGAUUUCAGCGGCCGCAGCAGCGGACUGUGGUCCUCAAGCAGCCUGGGAAACUUGGGGUUCUGGCAAACUACGUGCCUGCGCGGUCCUUGAAACCGUGGAUUGACACAAUUGCAAGAGGUGCGGUCGAUGACUGGAACAAGGCAAGCCCACAGCAAGCGAUACAAGAGCACGACCGCAUCGUGUGCGUAAAUGGCGUGUCGGAGCCAGCCGAGGAGAUGCUCCUGGAGCUGGCAAGGCAAAGGAAAAGCUCCUUGCGGCUGACCUGCCUCCACUACGCAGGUGGGGAUGCACCUUCCUUUCUUCCUGUUUUGGCAGCCCUGCGAUUUGUCAUCUCCCUUUGCAACUGCAUCCAACUUGCGCUCGGCAUCCAUUGCAUGAAGACGUGCAAUCAGGCCCCCGUGGGAGCCAUGAUGCGCAUGAUUCGGCCAGCAGCCGAAGCAGGUCGCGAUCCCGUCGGCGCCGGCGGUGACGCUCCUCUCCCUAUCUACCAUCACGCGCCGAUGGGUGCCACAGCCAUCAAACAUGCGUCAGCCUAUGCUACUCUUGACAUGCAGUACCAGCAAGUGGCAUGGGGGGUCUUGAACAGCAUCAGUGCCGGCCCCGGCCUUGCCGCAAGCAGGUUAGGUUGGUUGCCGAAAGCGAGCCCGAAGCCGCCCCAGAAUCCCCGAAACUGGUUGCAGGACACCAGCAAGGGUGGUGUGGCUCAGGCAGAUAUUCCCUGCGACAGCCGAGCUUUCGGCCGCGGGGCGACCUGCUGCGAAGCGGAGGCUUUCGCAGAGGGUCCGCAAGGGAAAAAGGACGUCGCAGCUGUGAUGGAACAUCUGGAGCAUCUCGGCAUGAAUGGAGCGUUCGAUGACCAGGGCAUGGGUGUCCCCGAGCUCACCGUUCGCAGCUCCCGAGGCAGGCAGAAAGCAUGUGCUUGGAUGCGAGUGGAGGCUCUUAAUGUCUACCUGAGCUCAUCGGAAGUCGCCGUCGUCAUGCUGCCAGCCUGCCUUGAGUCACAGGCCAUGCUGAGUGCGAGGCUGAAGAAGCUUGUGGAGUGCCAACAGAUCUCACAGGAAAUCUUGAGCCUGCUCCAAGGGACGGUGAGUCACCUACUUUGUGCGGCCUGCCGUGGCAGUGCAGAAGGCGAAGGAGCCGAGGGACUGCUAGUUGAAGCCGAGGCAGCCAUCUCAGACGAGUGGCGCCGCCUCUCUGCGCUGAUGCAGAAGGUCUACCAGGAGCUGCGUGCUCACGACGCCGCUGUGGCCGGGCAGAUGCGACAGGUGGGCGUUGAAGCCUGUGUCAUGGACUUCAUCGAGGCACAACGUCGGGGCAUCCCCUCUCCGACCGCGCCUGGAAGCCAAGCUUCUGACUGCCCAGCAAAAGGUUGA